UUUGCGUUUGUCCCCACGUCAGCUUGACCACCGUCUGCCGUCAUCGAACGGUUUUUAUUGACAAUUGCUGGUCGUGUUGUAAAAAUCGUGCAAAAUGCGGCUUUAGAUCAAAGUAUUUCCUAUUCUCCCGCUUCCAGAGUCGAUUUUGAGCGUUGUAUGUGCGUUAAGGUUGGGAAAAUCGCCACGGAAUGGAUUCAAAACGCAAACUAUCCACACAGGGGGAUUCCCUGUACCAGAUCUUAGCACUGCCCAAGACUGCGACGUCGGAAGAGAUCAAGAAGACCUACAGACGGCUAGCGCUCAAGUACCAUCCAGAUAAGAAUCCCAACAAUCCGGAAGCGUCCGAGAAGUUUAAGGAAGUGAACAGGGCACACUCGAUUCUGAGUGAUCCGACGAAAAGGAACAUUUAUGAUAAUUACGGCUCGUUGGGGCUCUACAUUGCCGAACAGUUUGGGGAAGAGAAUGUCAAUGCGUAUUUUGUUGUUACGUCGACCUGGUGCAAGGCCCUGUUCGUCGUUUGUGGUAUCCUAUCGUGUUGUUACUGCUGUUGUUGUUUGUGUUGUUGUUGCAAUUUCUGUUGCGGCAAAUGCAAACCACGACCACCGGAAGAAACCGGCGAUUAUCACACGUUGAAUCGAGAACAAGGUCCAAGUAAUGAACCUGUCACGAUCCAGCCAGGUAAACGGGAGGACGGCUCUGAUGAUGAAUUGGCCGGUUCGCCUAAAAACGAUUCGGCAACGAUCACAACACAACCGUCUCCCAAAAAGGGCCCCAAUGCCCCCGUUUACGCCAUGCCGCCGCCAACGUCCAAUUUGGGCGAAAGCGCGGCCCUAAAUCAGGGUGACGUGCCCGUCUACACGCCAGGAAUGACGAAUUCGCCAACGAAAAGCCAGCAAUGGUGAGGGGAGAGAGUCGAUGUUAACAACCACCAAGCUCUUGAAUCCUCUAGUCAUGAGAAAUAAUAAAAACGCGACUUAAAUUCGCCUGAAUUUACACUUAAAAAAGUAUUUUUUGUCUCCUUGUCUUACCAUUUAUCGACACACAUUUAAAACUAUUAGCCAAGUUUAAAAUAAUAAAUGAGAGUACGAAUUUUUUGUAGCAAAACUCGUGUCAUGUUUGUUAGCACGUAAAGGGGUUAUAUUUACGUCCUUUUUAUUGUUUUAUUUUUUCGUUUGUUUAUUUAUUGAGGACUCGAUGAGUUCUAGUAUUGUAUGCUACUUUUGGCAGUUUGUUGUAAAAGGGGUAUUUCAUUACUUGCUGUUAGUGUUAAAUUCGAGUUUUGAAUGAUUAUUAUCGAUUAGGUAAGUUGUGAGGACACCUGUUUGUAAAAAUAAUAAUUGCAUCACUAGUUAAAAUCUGUAAUUUUACUAUUUAUGAAUGUAUAAUUGUUAAACAAACGAUUAUUUUAGCUUAGAUAUUAUACAGCAACUUGAAUGUACAUUAUCAAUUAAAUUGCGUAACAACAA